AUGUCCAACAAAUACUCGUAUGCAGUGACACUAUCUCACUAUGAGCAGCAGGGAUUCGCCGACUUCACCAAUUGUGGACGAUCCCGUACCUCGAAAGCUUGCACAAUGACAGCUCAAAGGGCCACGAAAGCAACGAAAACAAAGACGAGCCCCAUCCACAUGCCCAACCGCCCGGCCCCUCAAGAAAGACUACGCCUUCACCAACCUCAAGAUUCAUGGGGACCUGAAACCUCACUCAUCUGCUGCAGCGAGGUAUCCGCUGUCCCACCACCCAAUGGCAGCAAGAAAGAUGUGACGGAGCCCUGGCGAACAGAAUCAUUGGAGGAUGAUGACUUCUACAACCUCUAUCCUCCAUCCUACCCUCCAUUACCCACGCAUGAUCACGAAGUUCGUAUUCCCAGAACAAGGAAGAAGAAAGAUGUCCUCGUCAAUACUUUUGAAGUCCCGGAAGAAGGACCAAGCAGUUUACUCUCGCACCAGCCCACUUCAACAAGUAAGCCUCUUGGACCAAGAGCCGACAAUGUCAAAUCUAGUUCAAUGCACGGACACAAGAGAAGGCUUACGAGCGAGACUGUGAUAUGGGAUCCAAGAUCGCCGUCACGAACAUCGGACGAAGCGAUACGAGUUGACACCGCCGCCAAACAGCAGUCGCGGAUGUCUCCCCUGCCGAUGACGCCGCCUCUCACGCCUAAAGCCGUUCCUACGGUUGAUGACUUCUCUCUUGAGCUUUAUUUGGCUGAGCUGCCCCAACCACGGCCAUUUCAGCUUCUACAUGCAGGUCCCACACCACCAAGCUCAGACUCUGCCAGCUCAAACACAGCAUCCUCGGCGGGUCAGUCGCACGAGACUCAGCUCAGACGCCCUGAGAUCUCCACAGAACAAGCACCGAUUAUCCCUAAGCGCUCAUCCUCUUUGACACGAAAACAAUCAAAACACAACCCUCUCGAAAGCCAACACUCGAGCACGAUAGUAGUUGGCGUCCUCCCUAACUGUUCUGAUGAGGACUCGCUUGAUUUGGAUGCAGAUCUCGAGCCACUUCCGCUCGAUCUAGCCAAUGAUCCCGACUUUGCGCCUUGGCUAGAGAAUCUAGUCCUCCCUGAUAUUCCUCGCUUUCAACGCUCGAACAACACCCUUUCCUCAUGCGCGUCCUCCUUCGAUUCUGCUGCUCCACCACCAAUUGCGAUUACACGCAAGACCGACAACAGUCGCGGAAAACCCCUUCAUCGUACUGAGGCUGCAACGUCCAAACCUCAAGCGAAUUUCUCUGUACCUUUUAUGACCAAGAGGCAUCUUCUAGAGAAAUACGAACCAAAAGAACGACCAUACAAUUUGACCACGUACGAAGACCUCCCAACCAUUGUCGGAGUGACCUCUCAAGGAGCACCUAGAGUUCCUGAUGAUCCUUCCGCGAGCCAAAGCGCUCUCUCGACGAACCGCUCAAAGGCCAUCAGCAGUGUGGAAAGCAAAAUGAACAAGCUUCGCAAGAAGGAGCCACCGAAGCCCCUUCGAAGAAAAGUCGUCGUCAAGCUUGCGGGCGAAACCUUCUACCCGCCAGGUUCCAAGCGAUCCAGCUGGUUUGGUGGGAUCGAUUGGAACACGGUGGCCAAGGAGAAAAAGCUAUAA